GGCGGGGCCAACUCCCGUAAACAAAUUCUCCCUCGGCUCCCCAUCAUUUCCCCCUUUGCUCCCAUCGUUUCUCCCUCUCCUUCCCCUCGUUUCCCCCUCUCUUUCCCCUCGUUCCCCCUCUCCUUCCCCUCGUUUCCCCCUCUCCUUCCCCUCGUUUCCCCCUAUCCUUCCCCCAUAUUUCCCCCUCUACUCCCCCUCAUAUCCCCCUCUCCUUCCCCUCAUUUCCCCCUCUCCUUCCCCUCGCUUCUCCCUCUCCUUCCUCCCCUCGUUUCCCACUCUCCUUCCCCUCGUUUCCCCCUAUCCUUCCCCCAUUUCCCCCUCUCCUUCCUCUCAUUUCCCCCUCUCCUUUCCCUCGUUUCCCCCUCUCCUUCCCCUCGCUUCCCCCCCUCCUUCCCCCCAUUUACCCCUCCCUGCCUUCCCUUCGUUUCCCCCUCUCCUUCCCCUCAUUCCCCCCUCUCCUUUUCCUCGUUUCCCCCUCUCCCUCCCCUCGUUUCCCUCAGAUCCUUCCCCUCCUCUCCCCCUCUCGUUCCCUUCGUUUCCCCCUCUCCUUCCCCUCGUUUCCCCCUCUCCUCCCGUCGUUUCACCCUAUCCUCCCCCCCAUCUCCCCCUCUCCUUCCCCUCAUUUCCCCCUCUCCUUCCCCUCGUUUCCCAUCUCCUUCCCCUCGUUUCCCCUCUCCUUCCCCUCGCUUCCCCCCCUCCCUCCCCCCAUUUCCCCCUCCCUACCUUCCCUUCGUUCCCCCCUCUCCUUCCUCUCAUUUCCCCCUCUCCUUCCCCUCGUUUCCUCCUCUCCUUCCCCUCGUUUUGCCCCAGCUCCUUCCCCUCAUCUCCCCCUCUCCUUCCCUUCGUUUCUCCCUCUCCUUCCCCUCGUUUCCCCCACUACUUCCUCUCAUUUCCUACUCUCCUUCCCCCCCUUUCCUAGCUUGCUCCCUUCCUUUCCUCGCUUGCUCUCUUCCCCUCAUUUCUCUCUUCUUCUCUUUCUCACUGCCUUCUUUCCUCUCUGUUUCUCUGUCUUGA